ACAUUUACUUUUCUAUUACCCAAUUUUUGACAUAUUUUGUAUUUUUUUAUACCAAAACGCAAUGAAUCAGCUAAGUGGAAAAUAUGUAAAUGUUGUUCUCUCUGUAGAAAGUGGCAGAGGAAUGGAUUUUCUGAAAAAUAAGGUAUAUAUUACAGGAAACUUUAAUAACAGAAUACUUGAAUCUGAUCACAUUCCACCAGAAGAUUCUCCCCCAUUCAACACUGAACUGGUCUGGGAAAUAGAAAAGAAAGAACUUCGUAGGAUCAGAUGUGGAAACAUACCUCUACGAGUAGAAUGUAUCACUGCUGACUUUCAAAAUCGCAAAGAACGCAUAGGAUUUGCUCUUCUGAGUCUUAGAAGUGCUCAAAUUAUCCCACAAUCGUUAGGACCUCAACCAGCGACUCCCAAGUGGUACAAACUUAUAGGAUGUCAGGCUGAUAAAAGAAAAAGCUGCCCAGAACUCUUCCUGUCAUUAUCUCUAAGAGACAACCUGAUUAAUGAACGACUUAAUAUAGAUGCUAAUGGAAACAUGCCCUUCAUUUUAGAAGAAGAGGUCCAAUUACACGAAGUAAAGACAAAAUCGCCAGAAGAUUUUCCCGUAAAAUAUUUUGAAAAUGGGCACAUACAAAUUGGAGAUGAGAAAUUAGCAACAAUUGCAUUCACCCUCAAUUUGAAAGUAAUGGAUGUCCAUAAUUUGGAUGCUUUAUUACCAGAAGUGUUAGUUUUUCAGGCUAACACCAGUAGUUUCUUCUUAAAGUUUAAAAUGUUGGGGAUAGCUAUAAAAACAAAACCAUUUCAAAAUCAAAUCCAUGGUAAGAUUGGUCUAAACGAAAGGAUAGCGGUCAAUUUACUAUCGACAAAAGAGAUAUUGGAUGAAUUCUUUAAAUCUCAGUCAAUAUUUGUAAGCUUUUAUUGUGGAUGCGAAAAAUUAGGUGUUGCAAAAUUUAACGCUGAAAAUAUUUGGGACAAAACUACCCAAAUGCAUUAUUUCAAGAUCCCAGACAUGGAUGAAAUUGUUCCAUAUGGAUCCAGUGAAAAAUCACCUUUCAUAAUCCUAGAAUUUUGGAUUAAAGAGAAUCCAACCUGCUUUAAGAAACUAGAAGCAGAGUCUACAGUUUUCAAAGAUGACGCAGAGGCUAAAGAGAGACCUAAAUCUAAAAGCAUAUUUUCCAAUAUUAGUAAAAUGGAUGAAACCCAAUUUGAUUCUCAAAGUCCUCAUAAUACAGAGGAGCCAGUAGCUGUAUCAAAGGCAGGCUCUGUAGAAACAAUAGGUUUACCAAUAAUAAUAAAAUCAGUGGAAACAAUGGUGGAUAGCGAAGAUUUGGGUACAUGUUCUACUCUAUUUGGUAUUUUUCAAAAAUAUGUCAUAUUGGUUAGCCUAAAAUAUCUUGUUUGGACAUCACCUCCUAAGGAGACAAAAAUCAUGUUCAAAUUCCUUCAUCCAAAGGCCUCUAACUGCACUACAAUAUUUACAGAGCUUAAUAAUGAAACCAAUAAGGAAAUAAUUUUAAAUAAUUUCUAUAUAAGAAUGGCUUACAUUUCCACAGCUGAUAAUAUUGGUAAGCUACUGAGGUACUACCAACCAAAAUUAAUAAUUGCUGAUGAGAAUGAAGAAUAUAUUUCAGAAAAAAAGACGCUGGAUCUUAAAGGUUUGGAAACAAGCUCAUCAGACUUUGAACUAGAAUUUCAAAAAGCUAAAACGAGGACACCACUAGCUAAAAUAGGUAUAAAUUUAACCUUAAACAGAGUUGGUAGUAAACUAGAAGGUGACUACGAAAAUCUAUAUCUCUUACCAGUUAUUCUUGAUGAAAGUAUAGCUGUGAGUGAAAUCUACGAGUUGGAAGUAUGGAAGGAACAAAGAAGAAAAAGAUUUGAAGCAGAAUUGGAACGACUAAAGAAUGAAGAAACUUUUAGGCUUGAAAACCAAUACCAAGAAAAGAAGCAAAAGCUGCAGGGAAAGUUAGGAAAAACCAUGAAAAGGUGUCAGCAGUUACAAGAAGAACUUAAGAGGAAACUACUAAGUCUUAAGUUUAACAAAGAAUUUAAAAUCAAGCAAAAUGAGAUCCAAAGUGAAAAGAUGCUUGAAGAUAUAUAUGCCAAAAACUCUAACUCCUACUCCAAAGAUAAUGUAGAAGAAGUUAUAAAACUGCUUAGUAGAACACAAAGAGAUAACCAGCUGCUUACAGAAAUAUGUGAAGAACAGAAGAAACAACUUUCUUUUCAGAAUAAAUCGAAUGCAGCCAAAGAGCAUACCAAUGUCCUUCUCCAGGAACUAAAAGGUUUGGAAGAUACAUUUUCUAAGAUUCGUGCUGCCAAAUGUUACUUUCAAGAGCAAAUACAAAAUGUUUCUGAAGAAACUCCUAACAGAGCAGACAAUGGUGAUAGUUUGUUAGAGUCUUGUAAAGAAAUAGAAAAUCUGAACCAAGAUAAAUAUGAUUUAUAAUAAAUAUAAUAAAUACUUUUCUAUAUACAAAAA